AUGAACAAACUCUAUGUGGGGAAUCUGAGUCCUUCGGUGACCGUGGAGGACCUGAAGCAGCUCUUCGGCGAGAGGAAGCUACCCGUGACCGAUCAGGUCCUGCUCAAAUCCGGCUAUGCCUUCGUGGAUUUCCCCGACCAGAACUGGGCGAUUAAAGCCAUCGAGACUCUGUCCGGGAAAGUUGAAUUACAUGGGAAAGUGAUCGAAGUCGACUACUCAGUUCCUAAAAAACUAAGGAGUCGGAAGAUUCAGAUCCGGAACAUUCCUCCUCAUCUCCAGUGGGAGGUUUUGGACAGCCUGUUAGCUCAGUAUGGUACUGUAGAAAAUGUGGAACAAGUUAACACUGAUACAGAAACAGCAGUGGUGAAUGUGACGUACUCAACAAAAGAGGAGGCUAAAAUUGCUGUAGAGAAGUUAACAGGACAGAAGUGUGAGGAUUACUCCUUUAAAGUGUCUUAUAUUUUGGAUAUGGAAGCUGCUCCACCCCUGCCUGCAACCCGGAAUCGCCGGGGUGGAAGGACAUCACGAGAACAGGACUCCCAGCCCGGGACCUCUGGAGGCUCCCUGGGGCUCCGACAGAAACAGCAAGAAUUCCCCCUGCGCAUGCUGGUGCCCACACAGUUUGUGGGAGCCAUCAUUGGCAAGGAGGGUCUCACAAUCAAAAACAUCACCAAACAGACACAGUCUAAGGUGGACAUCCAUCGUAAGGAGAACGCAGGAGCGGCAGAGAAGCCCAUCACCAUCCAUUCGACUCCUGAGGGCUGCUCCGCCGCGUGCCGUAUGAUCAUGGACAUCAUGCAGAAAGAGGCUGAUGACACAAAAGUGACUGAGGAUAUUCCUAUGAAGAUCCUGGCCCACAACAGUCUGGUUGGAAGACUGAUCGGGAAGGAGGGCAGAAACCUGAAGAAGAUUGAAGAAGAUACAGAGACCAAGAUAACCAUCUCCUCUUUACAAGAUUUAACUAUUUAUAAUCCAGAGAGAACCAUUAUAGUGAAAGGGAGUAUCGAGGCCUGUUGUAGGGCUGAAGUGGAGAUCAUGAGGAAGCUGAGGGAAGCCUAUGAGAAUGACAUUGCUGCUAUUAACCAACAAACCAACCUUAUCCCUGGGUUAAGCCUGAGUGCACUGGGCAUCUUUUCAACCGGUCUGUCUGUAUUGCCACCAGCUGCUGGGCCCAGAGGCGUCCCACCCAUACCCCCGACUGGCUAUAACCCUUUUCUUGGUCACUCAUCACAGCUGGGUGGGCUGUACGGUGUUCCGCCUGCUAGUGCCGUCUCUCACCAGCACACAGCUCCUGAACAGGAGGUGGUCUAUCUCUUUAUCCCAACUCAGGCUGUCGGUGCUAUUAUUGGCAAGAAGGGUCAACAUAUUAAACAACUGGCACGAUUCGCAGGAGCCUCAAUUAAGAUCGCACCUGCAGAGAGUCCUGACGUCACUCAGAGGAUGGUCAUCAUCACUGGCCCACCAGAAGCUCAGUUUAAGGCCCAGGGCAGGAUAUUUGGGAAGCUGAAAGAAGAGAAUUUCUUUACUGCAAAAGAGGAAGUGAAGCUGGAGACACAUAUAAAAGUGCCCUCUUCAGCAGCUGGGAGGGUCAUCGGGAAAGGCGGCAAAACGGUUAACGAGCUGCAGAACCUAACCAGUGCAGAGGUCAUAGUGCCACGGGACCAAACGCCAGACGAGAACGAUGAGGUCUUUGUCAAAAUCAGUGGGCAUUUCUUUGCCAACCAGACUGCACAGAGGAAAAUCAGGGAGAUCAUCCAGCAGGUGAAACAACAGGAACAGAAGCACCAGCAAGGCACCCCCGUGACACAGCGCUCCAAGUGACCAUCAAGGCAGCCCCAGCGGGCACCUGCCAAUGAAUGUAGCCCUCCCAACUGGAAUCAGACCAGACCGGAUGCAGGGGACCGGCCGGGCAGACCAGCAGCCACGGGAUCAAAACCAAAGAACUUCUUUCUAGGGGAGAUGAAGGAGCCACAGGCAGAUGGGGCUCUGAGUGCACUGCCAGCUUAGGGAGGGAGGGGAGGAAGGAAGGAAGUGCAAAGAAGACAAGCGUUCCUUUUAUUGUUCAAACACACCCUGACUGGGAGACGAAUAGGCAUGGGGCGUCUGCUAUCAGGACGGGACACAUCACGGUCGCCCCAAGUAACAAUUUCUUUCGAAACUUCUUAAUUUAGGCUUAACAUAGGGUUAACAAAGGUAAGGCGCUCCAUUAACACGUGUACACUGAUGCAUUUUGACUGAGUUGUGUGGCUGUUGUUUUUUUUUGGGGGGGUAGGUAAGGGUGGGUGUACACUAGCAGUUGGCGACCGAAUUUUGUUUUUUUGUUUUGUUUUUUUUUAUGCUCAGAUUGCGAUUUCAGAGAUCCUCAGCAGUAUUGUCACCAGUACACUAGAACAAAUAUACUGUUUUUUGAAGCAGAAGUAUGAUUCUUCUUGUUUUGCACAAGCCAGCAAGCGGGCGAUUAGUGCACAUAUGCGGUUGCGUAAGCAUAACAUUAACGUUUUUCUAAUUUCUGUGAUGAUGGGAUGAGAAUGUUGGGAAAUGUAAAGGACAGAACUUUUACUCAUAUCUUAGCUUGUUUGCAUUUCAGGACGCAUCAUCCAACCCAACGGAUCCUUGUUACUUAAGCCUGUGUGUGCCAACGGAUGCAAACAUUGAAACAUUUUCUUACUGUGCAUAUCUUUCAUUUUUUAGCUUUUCGUGUAUUCUUAUUUCUAUCCAGCUCUUACACUCCAAUUUUAUUUUAACGCCAGUGUUUUUGCAGCCUCUGCAUUUUGUUAUUUCAUCGCUGCCACACUCCUUUGGCGGUAGUCGUUACGAGACGAAGUAGGUAUGUUGUAGAUGUGGAUUAGGUGUUACCACCCCUUGUUUGCUUUAGGGGGUAUGAAAAAAUCUGAAGCAAGCACCAGCGUCUGAAAGAAAGCGCACCUUUACUGGCUUGGCAUUGGGCAGAAGCGAAAUCGAAUGUGCACCAAGAACUCUGCCUUAAUCUAUGCUGAAAGCAAACGAAAAUAUGGGUGACUCAAAUUGUGAUGGAGGGUCAGGUUGAUUGUGGGACAAGGAUGCACCUGUGGUACACACACACACACAACCGCGUUUGGCUUUAAAUCUCUUUGUCAGGGAGCUUUCUAAACGGCAUGACAGCUGUGAAUGUACAAUAAGCAGCCUUUUAGAGAGAGCACCUCCCUGUCAUGUUCAGUGAGCUGGUUGGUCAGCGAUAUUGUUUUAUUUUUUUUUACAAUACUCUGGCUGUUUUUUGGGAAACUGAUCGACAGGAUGGAUAUCACUUUGUGCUUUAUUUUCUUCUUCUUUUUGACCAUGGAAGCUCGUGGCCUUAACGUCACCGGUCUAUGACAUCACAGACAGCUCCCUCGCUCAAUGAGAGCUAAGCCUCAUCUUCCAGACGCAAGGUUUUUGCCAAUACGCACAGCUUUUAUUUGUGUGUAUGCGCGUGUGUAUAUAGAUAUAUAUAUAAAGAGAGAGAAAUAUUUAUGAAUCUAUUUUUUUCCUAUUUUGUGACGAGAGCUAUUAAUCAGAAGCAAACAGAAAAGGUCUCUUUUUUUGGGGGGGGGGGGGGAGCGAGGUGGAACACUGCCAUGUUAUUCUAAAGGGAAAUGUUUAUUUUCUUGGAAAUAGACUGAAUAUUGUUAGUAUACUAACAGUAAGAACAGCAAUGAAUCAACGCAACACUUUGAUCAGAAUGUGAUUGGCGCGCAUGUCAGUAUUGUGAUCUACCUCAGGCGUCAGGGUACCUCAGUCCAAUUUUAAUUUCCCUUUUUUUUUCUCCCAACGUUUUGUAUGCCUUUUAAACUGAAAGUUUUGAACUUUUUCUUUUUUAUGAUAAUCAUACAAGUUCAAGAAAAAGACUAGUCUGAAGUCUCCUGGUCCAUCUGACAAAGAAGAAUGGAUCUUAAAGCUUUCAAAACUGUAUUUACAGCGUUCUUUUACCGAUCACAAUUUAUAGAAUGUGUAACUGAGGUGUACUUAACAGCCCUAAAGGGUUUCUAAAUGUGGAAACUGUGUACUGAUGUCUAGAUCAAUGACAAAUGGUUAUAAAAGACUAUGAAUAUCAAGUAGAAUGGCUUAAUUAAAAGCAUUCUCCAGGAGCAGUUACAUUGUCUAAACUAAAGCGUAAGCCAGCUUUCAUUUUGUAAAAAUUCAGGAAUUACAGUAAGACCAAUUUUUUUAAUUGAGGUUUUUCUAUCAGGGCCUUUCACAAAACAAACCUGGUUUGAUAUGAAUAUAAAAAACAAUAAAAAAAAAACAGCUCUGUUAACUUGAUAAUAAUAAUCACAGAGUCACUGUUUGCUUAUUGUAAUCACACAGAAAUCACAAAUGCAGGUAUUUUUGUCACCUCAGAUCUGCUCUGGAUCUGUUGCUGGUCUACUGUUCAUGCGUGUUAUCUCUUAAAGACCGAGGCCUAUGUCAAAUGAAAAUGGAAGAAUGUUGCUUAGCAUUCAUACAGUAAUGCACGCGAUUUGUCUGUGGACUGCAAACUGCAAAAAGUCCCGCUCCAUAGUUUUAGUAACCGUUUUUGCUAGGGGUGUGUUACCAUAGACUUGUGUAAAUCGUUUUUUACGCACUGAAGCAACUUGUCCACACUUAUCCACAAAGAGUAGCACAGACGCCAGGUGUCGAUGCUGUUUCUGUUAGUAAAGGCUUGAAGCUUCUGUUGGAUCCAGUGACUUCUAACACGUUUUCACUCUAGAAGUUGAAUAUGGUUCUUGUCUCUGAAGGCUCGUAGCCAAAUGAGGGCGUUAUUUCCCCUGAAUUAUUGACUUUCUGCUUUAUCUCAGGUGUUUGCUUGUUGGAGUUCAGGUUGUGUAGCAUUAUGGUAACUCGGUUCACUUUUAAGUGUUAUUGUAACUGUAACGCGCCACGCUGUCGAUAGACACCUAUCUAACGUUCUACAGUGGUUCUUAACUUUUCUUAAAGAAUUUGUAUUUCAAAGCUUUGUCAGGUGUGCAUCAGUAUUUAACUUUACAGAAGCAUUAGUCCAUGCAUUAACUAACAUCACACUGUUUUAUUGUCUCUGUAAUCUGGUAAUCACGCUGUCUCGCUAUCCAUUACGAUAUCCUGUAACAUAACGCUAGGGAUAAUUGAGGUCUUUGCAUUAUCGUUAGGCCAUAAGUCAUAGCUAAUAUAAGUCGAACGAAUCAGGUCAGUUUAGGGUUAGCUGUUGUUUGUAGUCUUGGCAUGAAAUUUCAUUGUUUGCUUUUGGGCCACCCUGUUGGGGUGAAUGGAGACUUAAAGUAGGUGCUGUUCUGUUUUUUUUUGAUAUUCGAAUGAUAUUAGAAUAGACCACAAACAGCUGUUGUUGCUCACGGUAUGAAGACACCGUUCUAGUUCCGUUUAACUUGGGAUGAGAGCAGGAAAUCAGAGCGAUGCAUGAGAAAUCAACCCAAAUCAUUGGCUGUGAAAACUUCUUUGCGCCUUUUCCACGGCAGAUCCAUUCCUACGCAGCUCUCUAUAUUCUCACGUCAUUCUCAUUCGAACGAUGUGAAAAAGAGACUGGGCUUGCUGCACUGCCUGUCAUCUCCCCUUAGCUGGAUUGUGGGUCGUGGAGGGAGAGGGGAGGAGGACUGAGAGCUGAUCUUUUUUUUUUUUUUUUGCUAACAACCAUGUUGUUUUGAAAUGUAGGCGAACUGUACUGCUGAUCAACAUGGAUUUGAGCAAUAAAAUUCUUUAUAAAA